AUGGAAGACAUGCGGCCGCGUAUUUGGCACCCGUCCAAGUCUCUACCGGGCACGUUCCCGAGCCCCGAUGCACGGUUCAACCAUGUGCAUUUAGAUGUCGUAGGUCCUUUACCUCCAUACAAUGGCUAUACUCACCUUCUCACCUGCGUUGCUCGCUAUACCCGUUGGCCGGAAGCCAUUCCUUUACCGAAUGUGCAAGCUGAGACCAUCGUGAAGGCCUUCGUCAGUCGUUGGGUCGCCAUAUUCGGUGCGCCAUCCAUGAUUACGACUGAUCGAGGCGCGCACUUUGUGUCCACACUUUUCCAAAUUCUCCUCAACUUCCUUGGCUGCACACGUAUUCGGACGACGGCCUACCACCCAGCUGCCAACGGCAUGGUUAAGCGUUUCCACCGCCAGCUAAAAACUGCACUGCGUGCCGCAGAAGAUCCCGAAAACUGGUCAGACAAUGUACCCGUUGCACCUCUUGGCAUUCGUGCGGCACUGAAGUCAGACUUGGACUGCAGCGCAGCCGAAUUGGUUUUCGGCACUACCCUCCGACUCCCUGGUGAGAUGGUCACCCCAACCUCUCGUGGUGCCGAAGAGACCCCCGAAAAUUUUGUGCAUCGUCUGCGACAAUUCAUGCGUUCGCUUUCCCCGGUUCCACCUCGAGCUCCAUCGACCGAGCCUUAUGUUGAAAAAGGCUUAGCCAACUGCACCCAUGUGUUCGUUCGGUGUUAUCGUGUGCGGAAGCCGUUAGAAUCACCAUACGAAGGACCGUUCCGUGUGCUUGCACGUAACAGCAAGUCAUUUUGGAUCCUGCGAGGUGACAAAGAGGACGUAGUCAGCAUCGACCGGGUCAAGGCUGCUGUUGCAGAGGAGCCCGGACGUGUCUCAAGAACAAGCAUGUGCUGA